AUGGGGCGAAGAAGUGGUAUGAUCACAAACGGAAUCUGGUCCGACUACACCACAAUGGCGGUGCGGACCGGCGGACCCGGCGCCUCAGGCCUGUCCGUGAUGGUCGUGCCAUUGAAGGGCUACCCGGGCGUGACAAUGCGCCGAAUCCACGUCUCAGGCACAAAAACCGCCGGAACAACCUACAUCGAGCUCGACGACGUCAAAGUGCCCGUUGGAAACCUCAUCGGCCGCGAAGGCGAUGGCAUGCGUACCAUCAUGACGAACUUCAACCAUGAGCGUCUGACCAUCGCUGUGCAAUGCACGCGUCAAGCCCGUGUGGCGCUGUCCUCGGCCUUCGGGUACUGCUUGAAGAGGGAGGCGUUUGGGAAGACGUUGAUGGAUCAGCCGGUUGUCAGACAUCGGUUGGCGAAGGCGGGGGCGGAGUUGGAGACGGUGUCGGCGUGGAUUGAGCAGAUUCUGUACCAGCUGUGUAAGUUGGAGAAGGUGGAGGCGGAUCGGUUGCUAGGUGGUGUUACGGCGUUGGCGAAGGCGAAGGCGGCCAUGGUGUUGAAUGAGUGUGCGCAGUGUGCGGUUUUGCUGUUUGGUGGUGCUGGCUUGACGCAGAGCGGGCAGGGGGAGAUUGUUGAAGCUAUUAUGAGGGAUGUCCCUGUCUCCAGGAUCCCGGGUGGUUCGGAGGAUGUUCUGCUGGAUUUGUUGGUGAGGCAGCUUGUGAAGAUUUACCAGACGCAGGAGAAGAAGUUGGGCCAGGCGAAGAUUUGA